CCGGCACGCUGUCACCGUAGAUCUGACAACAAUUAGCUUUCCCUGUGUAGCAGGCACUGAUGCAACAGAGCGGUUAUAAAUUAGCAUUCUGUUUUGCAACUCCCCUACACGCCUUCUCCGCUCGUAGAAACAUGGCUGACAAGAUGCCGAAAGACUCGGAUGCGCCCGUUGCCACCAGGAUCGACCCCUCCAAGGAGCGUCUGACCCCUGAACAGAUGCACUUUAUCAGGCAGGUGGAGCUGGAACAGUGGAAGAAGAAGACACAGAAGCUGAAGACCAGAAACGUUGUCACGGGUUUGGCCAUUGGAGCACUGGUGCUGGGAAUCUACGGCUACACAUUUUACUCAGUGUCACAGGAGCGAAUCAUGGAUGAAAUGGACGAAGAAGCGAAGAGAGCAAGGAUGCAAGGACCAAGAACCGGUGCAAACUGAGACAUGUUGGACUGGAGGUGUUCUGAUGCCGAAGGACUUGUGUGGAAACUGCUUGCACAUGAUCCACCUCCAACAACUGAUUCCUGCUUUUGUGCUGCUGAAGGUUUUGCAAUGAAUCCAAACUGGAUGAUGAGAUAUAGUCUGUUUUGGGGAGAAACAUUUGUACCAACUUAAACAUGAUUAAGCACCUGUCUGGUCGUCACCAGUACAUCCAGAAUGUUGUCAAAGUUCUAAGCUUCGGUGGGAUGGUGUCUUGUCAAUGUGGCUGUAAGAACUGCAUAUUUAUGUUGAUGAAAUGAUUUGUGAUAAUAUGAAAUAUACAAGUUUGAUUUUUAACAAGCAACUUGUCUUGAUGAUUGUUUUGAGACACUUGGCCCUUCUAGCAUUUUCAAAAGGUUUGUUCCACAAUUGUGUAAGGGCAUGGUCUGUGUGGGCUUUUUAUUGAGGUCCAAGGGUGUGUGUGAGUGCGUGUUUUGCCGUAGUAGUGUGUUCCUAGUCCUGAGUAGCCACCUUCCUGUGAGGACAUUUUGGUCCCUGGUUAAGGUGAGCCAUUUGAUUUGGAUGGUAAUAAGAGGUCCUCUCAAAACCGUGUGUGUGCGCGUACUUGUGUUCAAGCACAGUCAUCUGGAAGUGUGUCAACACCUAGUGGGAAUAAUUCAUCCUGAUAAUUACUGCAAUAUAUAGUUUGUAUAUGAAUAAGUAUGUGCAAAUAAGGAGAUAAAUAUAGUUUGCUGUGUUGUUGCCAACUAAUAAAAUAUGAUCAACCAAUACUGACAUACACUUGAAGAGGAAAUUAAAAAAAGAGAAGUGUUCUUGAACAAUGCCUGGAAGGUUUGG